AUGGACAAACACAAUCUAACAGUCAUGAAUGAAUUCAUUUUGAUGGGAAUCACAGACCGCCCAGAGCUGCAGGCUCCAUUGUUCGGGCUGUUCCUCAUCAUCUACAUGAUCUCAGUGGUGGGCAACUUGGGUAUCAUCAUCCUCACCAAGAUAGACUCCAAACUACAAACACCUAUGUACUUUUUUCUCAGACACCUGGCUAUCACUGAUCUUGGUUAUUCAACAGCCGUGAGACCCAAAAUGUUGGUAAAUUUUGUUGUGGAUGAAAAUACAAUCUCCUAUUAUUUUUGUGCUACACAACUAGCUUUCUUUAUUGUGUUCAUAACUAGUGAAGUUUUCAUUCUGUCAGCAAUGUCUUAUGACCGCUAUGUGGCCGUCUGUAACCCUCUGCUCUACACAGUCAUCAUGUCGCAAAGGAUGUGUCGGGUGCUGGUGACAAUCACCUAUCUCUACAGCACAUUUGUUUCUCUUCUUAUUACCAUAAAGAUAUUUAGUUUAUCCUUUUGUGGCUACAGUGUCAUCAGUCAUUUCUACUGUGACAUUCCCCCUUUGUUCUCUUUGCUCUGCUCAAACACACCUGAUAUUGAAUGGAUCUUUCUGGUCUAA